AUGCAGCUCCCUCAAUCAGUCCGUCUUGCCUUGGCAGCCAUUCCUUUGGUGCAGCAAGCAAUCGCCGCUCCCGCCGGUGCCCCUUAUGCCCCUUCUGCGGAUUAUGGUAGCUACGAAAAUGUUGAGGUCGAGAAGUACUCAGAUUAUGGCGAUUACAAGGAUGUCAAGGUGGAAAACUACGACCACUACAAGAAGCGGGAUGACUAUGGCGACUACGGCAACUAUGGCGACUAUCAGAACUACCCAGCACCCACAACCACGACUCAUCUGCCCGAGCCCACUGGCGUAGCUGCCUAUGCGGACUAUGGGAACUAUGAUGGCGUGGAGGUCGAGAAGUACGCGGAUUACGGCACGUACAAGAAGCGCGGUGAGGAUUACGGAAAUUACGGCGACUAUCAGAACUACCCAGGAGAGUACCCGAACUACGAGAACUAUGACCCAACAACCACGACUCAUCUACCUGAACCUACUGGUGUAGCCGCCUAUGCGGACUACGGAAACUACGACGAUGUGGAGGUCGAAACGUAUGGUGAUUAUGGGCAUUAUUGA